UUUUUCGCUCAGUCUCAUUCAAAAAGUCAAUAGAAGCAGACGUCUUCCAAUUUUUCAAUUUUAUAAACCGGUAUUUUUGAUACUUUUUAGUAGUUCUAUACGUCACAUCCAGUGCUAUUAUAAUAUUUAAUAAGACUAUUCUCAUCGUAAAUUUAUAACAGAAGACAAUAAAAAAGAUGUUUCCAUUUGGUACAGGACGUGCAAGCAUCUCAAGCAGCCGUUCAUCAUUAGGAGUAAUACCGAUGUUUGUUGAAAGCAAUCCUGGAUAUCCAUAUAAAAAGAUCCAGGUUCCUUUUGGAGCUGGUCAUUUUAAUACAAUUGGAUUCACAUUUAAUUCUAAUCCUUCAUAUCAAUCUACCUCAAAUCAUUCACAGUCAAAUGGCAUCUCUUCUUUACAAAAUCAAAUAAAUACUCAAAAUAAUCGAUUACCUCAAAAUUUAUAUCCACAAAUUAAUCAAAAUGCACCAUUCUCUUAUAUACAGCCAUUCUGUUAUAGAAGGUCAAUUAGUGACUUCAUGAAGCUGGGAACACCAACUCUCCUUCCAAAAGAAGAUUUUGAUGCUCGCGCAGAUUCCGAGUCAUUAAGAAAGGCAAUGAAGGGCUUUGGAUGCGAUGACAAUGCAUUGAUUGAAGUAAUUUGUCGUCGAAACAACCAGCAAAGGCAGGAAAUAGCAAAAGAUUUCAAGACACACUAUGGAAAAGAUCUGGUUGAAAAUCUUAAGAGUGAAACUCGCGGGAACUUUGAGGACUUGUUAGUAGCAUUAAUGACACCAACUCUUGACUUUUAUUGCAAGGAAAUCUAUGACGCGUGCUAUGGUGUUGGAACUGAUGAAGAAGUUUUGAUUGAAGUCUUGUGUACUCUUUCGAAUAAUGAAAUUAAUCUCAUUAAAGAACGAUAUCAGGAAAUGUUCAAAAAGGAUCUUGAGGAUGUCUUGAUUGGCGAAACAUCAGGAAACUUUAAGAGAUUGCUUGUGUCCUUAUUAAAUGCCAAUCGUGAUGAAUCAGGAAUUGUCGAUCCAGAUAAAGCCAAAGCUGAUGCCACUGAAUUAUUAAGAGCUGGAGAAUUGAGAGCAGGAACAGACGAGAGUGUCUUUAAUUCUAUUUUGUGCCAACGCAAUUAUGAGCAAUUAAGAUUAAUCUUUAAAGAAUAUGAAACAAUGACAGGUCAUAGCUUCGAAAAAGCCAUCAAAAAUGAAUUUUCCGGUACAGAUAGCGAUAUUAGAGAUGGUUUUGUUGCUAUUUUUAGAUGCGUGACGAACAAAGCUGAAUUUUUUGCUUACCAAUUGCAUAAAUCAAUGAAAGGUCUUGGAACUAAUGAUCGACAGCUAGUUCGUUUAGUUGUUACACGAUGCGAAAUUGACAUGACUGAAAUUAAGGAAGCUUUCGAAAGAUUAUUUGGCGAAUCUUUAAAAACUAUGAUUAAGGGUGACACAUCAGGAGCUUACAAAUAUGCUUUAUAUGCCCUUAUUGGAGAACAACGCAGCUCAUAAACCUUUUAAUAAUAGCAUUGAAUCUACAGAAUUUAGAAAUCGCAUUGAUUACCACUCAUAUUUAGAAUCUUAAGCUUUUAAAGUUUGCUUCGGCAGUGUUUAAGCCACAAAUGACUUUAAUCGAAUAAUUGUGCAAAUAAAUAAUCAACUCACGUGUCAACAUAUAUUCAUAAUGAUUCAUAUUGUCAUAUUUUUCUAAAUGUUUUUGCUUUAAUUUUAAUAAAAUUAAUUUCAUCAAGCCAGUACAAAC